AUGGCGGUUGCAUUCAUCACUCAGCACAGGACGAGAGUUGUGGGAGAUGUAAUCAAAAGCUUAGGGGAAGAACAUGGUCCAGCAGCGGCUUUCCUCAGCUCUCACAGACUCGUCGACUCUCUCGCCUUCCGUUUUACAGCAAAAGCUUUUCGCGCUUUCCCCAAGACACUUACGACGUCGUUCCCAGUUCGUUCCAACCAGCAAGCUUUUCACAAAAUUGUCACUUGUCGUACUGCAUCAGUCUCAGCCUCCAAUGAUGCCUUCACUUGGGACGACGUCGGUAGGAUAUCCAAAACGGUUCAGAUCUCAGGGGCUACUCGGAAAAGAUCAAAAUCUGCAAUCGCGCUUUCCUUGGAAUCGCACUCUGAGUUCCUUCCCUUUGUAAUUGAGGACCAUUCACAAAGGGUUGGAGAGUUUGCAUUGAUUAUAGGAAGCUCAACGCCACCACAAGGAAAGAUCACUUCCCUUUGCCGUUCAUUGAUCAAAUGCUUGAAAGCCCCAGAUGACCAAGAAAAGACUACUUUUACUUGUCCGUUUGGUACUUUUGCUUAUCGACGAAUGCCAUUUGGUUUAUGUAAUGCACCAGCCACCUUUCAAAGAUGCAUGGAUUCUAUAGACGUUUUAUCAAAGAUUUCUCGAAGAUUUCAACACCCUUGUGCCGACUUCUACAAAGAUGUGCCAUUGGAGCCUUUCCGUUUGAGCUUAUGUGUGAUGCUUCAGAUUAUGCCUUUAGGCUGUUUUGGGACAACUGAAAGACAAGAAGCCACACUCAUCUACUACCAUCCCGAACCUUAA